AUGGGCGACUCGCGAGGCGACGUCGACGCCCUCAGCUGCGCCAACACCAGCUUUGGUGAGCAGCAACAACAGCAACAACAGGAUCAACAACAGCAGCAGGAUCCUGAUCCAGAGGAGGUCGGCAGCAGCAAGAUUCAGGUGUAUCUGCGGAUGCGUCCCAUGGAGGGUCGUUGUUGGUGGCAUCGCAUUGGUGGGUCUGAGAAGCGGACUUUGAUAACAACUCCUCCUAAGGGUGAAGCUGCAGGCAGCAGCAGCACAAGUGCUUUGAACAACACUCGGCAGGAGUAUCGAUUUCAAUUCGAUGGAAUAUUUAACGAAAAGGCGACACAAGAAGAGGUGUUUAAUGGAGUGGCGCUGCCUGUCGUCAACGACGCCCUCAGAGGCAUCAACGGCACUGUCUUUGCCUACGGACAAACAGGAACAGGAAAAACAUACACUAUCACAGGAGCUGCAGAAGCGUUUGAACUCCGAGGCAUCAUCCCUCGCGCCUUGGCUAGGGUCUUCGACUUCGUCGCCAGCUGCACCUCUCAAGAGUUCUCGCUCGCCGUUUCCUACCUUGAAAUAUACCAAGACAAGGGAUACGACCUGCUCAUGAAGGCUGACAAAAACAGCAGCAGCAGCAGCAGCAACAGCAAAAACCUUGAAGACUUGAAGCGCGUGUACGCAGUAGCGGACGAGCAGGGAAAUGUGUGUUUGCGUGGUUUGUCUGUAAAUCCUGUGAGGACAGAGGAGGAGGCAUUGAAUUUAUUGUUUAUAGGCGACGCGAAUCGGAUCGUAGCGGAGACACCUUUAAACGACUGUUCAACGCGUUCGCACUGCAUCUUCACCGUAUGGAUCGCCAGCAAGGAGACAGGUAGCAGCAGCACGAAAAAGGCAAAGUUACACCUAGUCGACCUCGCAGGCUCCGAACGCGUUAAGCAGUCAGGCACAAGACCCGGCGACUGCGUCUUUCAGGAAACUUGCAGCAUCAACUUAACACUGCAUUAUCUCGAACAAGUCAUUGUGGCCCUGCAGCAGAGAGCAGCAGGGCAGGCCACCCACGUGCCCUACAGAAACUCGCUAAUGACUUCCGUACUCAAAGACUCCCUAGGAGGAAACUGCAAGACGAGAAUGAUUGCUACAGUUGCCCUCGAGCUGUCUGCAAUCAACGAAACUAUCAACACUUGUAGAUUCGCACAAGCCGUUGCGCAAGUGCGGAAUGUAGCAGAAGUUAACGAAGAAGAAGAGGCAUCUGCAAUCAUUCAAAGACUCCAAAAAGAAAACGAAAAGCUCCGAGGACAGCUGCAGCUAGCAGCAGCAGCAGCAGCAGGGGAAGGUGCAAGUGAAAUAACGGAGGAGGCAAAUGCAAUAUGCAGAGAUGCUGUCGAACGCUUCCUCACGGCAGAAGGGGCAGACGCCCAACUCCCAGUGACAGCGGCUCGAGAUCUCCGGUCUGCUGAUGUUUGUUUCCGUAUCAUCAGAGAUAAGUACAACGAAUUAAAGGCAGAAAUGACGGAUACAAACGGUGGACGCUGCAGACGCCGCGACUGCAGGGAGGCGCUUCAGCGGCUUCAGCUGCAUGUUGAGCAACGGGAUGCUGAGAUCGCCACCUUACUGGGGAUCUUACACCAAAGUUCAGAACCUCCAAGCAGCAGCAGCACCAGCGCCGGAACCAGCAUCUACGAUCCAUUAGGAGCAGUCACACGUGCUGCCGUGGAAGCAGCUGUUCGAGCGGGGUCGAGGAUUAAGGAAGGGGAAGGAGAGGACGGAGAGGAACGGCCAUGGCUAGCAGGGGCCGAAGCCACCGCCUUGCUUAAAGACAGAGGACGCGCGUUUGAAGUGUUGAGACGCAGCGCGAGGAAAACGGAAUUCCUUGAAGCCGAUUCAAAACGCAUGCAGGAGUUGUACUUAGAAGCUAACAAAUGCAGAGAGGCAGCGAUGGAGGCGAAGGAGAAGAUUGCAAGGGCGAGAAGCAAGCUGGAAAAAAUUCGAAUUCGAAAAUGCCUACAGAGUGGAAAUAAAGGAGGAAUAAUCUUAGAAGAUGACACGCCAGAAGAAGCAAACCUGCUGCAGCAGGUCGCCGUCUGGCGUGAUGCCUACAUAAAAAACAUAAACGAUCUCAAUGCUGCUAAAAGAGAACUGAAACGCCUCUAUUUAACAGUGGAGAGAAAUCGAAAAAAACUGCAGCAAGAUUUUGAAGGAUGGUUUAACACCAUUGCCAACAGAGAGCAAAAUGAGCUAAGUGUGCACAACUCCCCACAAGGAAGCCCUAUAAUUUCUGGCCUCCCUGUUCCCUUAGGUUCCCUUCAGGACGGCAUAUUUGGUAAUGCAUCACCACAGAAAGGCGACGGUGAUACAGUACCAGUGAAAGCAAAACAGACAAGCACCUUCUCGAUCUCCACCCCUUGGUUUUCACCCAGUAGCGCCCUACGUCGCUGUUCAGACAACACAGAACAACAGCUGACGCCGGCAGCAGCAACACCCACUGCUUUGCCAGGCGACGGCACUGUGGUGCAGCUCGCUGAUGCAGAGACCAUGAAGCCAAUAGCUUUAGAACGUGUGAAUAUGGGUGCAUGCGCCUCUUCUGUUAGCUCUGGUGUUUCUUCCUCUGUGUCUUCUAAACGCAAAACGUCUCUAGAGAAUCAUCUCCUCGGCGGUAGUAGUCCGCCUAACGAGGUGUACACUGGCGACCCUUCCGCAGAUGCAGACAUCAAAGCGUUUUACGAGGCCGUUGCUGCUGGCUCUGGAGGCCAGAAGGUUGGGGAUAACAAAGAAAGACAAAUGUAUUGA